AGGCAAUCGUAGAGUCUGGACUCGAUCAUUAAAAAAACAAAAAGUAAUCACUAAUCAAUAGGCUAAUUGUUGGCUCAACGUAGUUUAUGGGCGGAAAACUAAAAAACUCAUGCCCUAAACAGUGCGCACAAUGUCAGUGGUGAGCUGAUGAUAUCACUCACUACCUUACUCUGUAUCUGGAUACAACAUAAUCCAUUAUUUUCUUCAAUUCUGUGAAAUUCUUAUUCCGACCUUGGAAUCUCCGGCGGUUUCCUAUAACUUCAGCCCAGAAAUCCCAUCUACUCACUACCUGUCCUCUACCAAUCUCGUAAAAGGUAACAAUGGAUUUAGCGGAUAGCAAGUUUUUGAAUGUAGGCCUGCUGUUGAUCGCCACUAUUGUGGCGGCGAAGCUGAUCGCCGCCCUAAUCAUCCCCAGAUCCAGGAAGCGGCUGCCUCCGACGGUGAAAUCAUGGCCUCUCGUUGGUGGGCUGAUCCGGUUCAUGAAAGGCCCGAUUGUGAUGCUCCGAGAGGAGUACCCUAAGCUGGGGAGCGUCUUCACCCUCAACCUGCUCCACAUGAAGAUCACCUUCUUGAUCGGGCCGGAGGUUUCGGCCCAUUUCUUCAAGGCUCCGGAAACCGAUCUCAGCCAGCAGGAGGUGUACCAAUUCAAUGUGCCCACUUUCGGGCCGGGCGUGGUGUUUGAUGUGGACUACUCUGUCAGGCAAGAGCAGUUCAGAUUCUUUACGGAGUCUCUUAGGGUCACCAAGUUGAAAGGUUAUGUGGAUAUGAUGGUCAUGGAAGCUGAGGACUACUUCUCCAAAUGGGAAGACUGCGGCGAAGUGGAUUUAAAAUAUGAACUGGAACACUUAAUCAUACUGACAGCUAGCAGAUGUCUGUUGGGAGAAGAAGUUCGUAACAAGCUAUUCGAAGACGUGUCUGCUCUAUUCCAUGACCUGGAUAGUGGUAUGCUCCCGAUCAGCGUCAUCUUCCCUUACUUACCCAUCCCAGCACACUGGAGGCGUGACCGGGCCCGCAAGAAGCUCGCUGAGAUCUUCACAAACAUCAUUUCUGCUCGCAAGAAAACAGGAAAGUCUGAAAAUGACAUGUUGCAGUGCUUCAUAGACUCCAAGUACAAAGAUGGCCGACAAACAACAGAAUCUGAAGUCACUGGUUUACUCAUUGCCGCUUUGUUUGCUGGUCAGCACACUAGUUCCAU